UGUGUGUGGGAUAGUGUUACUGUGUGGGGAUUUCAGGUCAGUGCGGAUCGGUGGGCCGAAGGGCCUGAUCCCGUGCUGUAUCUCUAAACUAAACUAAACUAAAGAUCCUUUUGUUUUGAGUGAGUUCAACAGGUAUUUCUGGUUCUGCUUGGUCCAUUCACUGACACGGAAAACCCACUGAGAACUCUGUGCAAUCCUGAUAAACCAAGGGAUAUUUCCUUUGCAAAAUUUCAACUUACUUUUAUCUUAGCCAUAAUGCUGGCAGGAAAAGAAAAAUGAACACGUGUGUCCUCCUGCCAUCCUCAAGUGAGCACGUGCAAUGUGUGGGAUACUUAACUUGUCUGCACCUUGCCACGGAUAUUAUAUGAAGUUUAUCCCGGAAAUCCUGAUGGGUUCAGCGCAACUGCUGACAGGAGAGUGAAAGUUCCUGCACUUCCAUUGUGAUCAAGUCCCAACAGAGUCUGAGGAAAUGCAGAUGAAGGCCAGCUGCCUGAUCUGAAUGGAGGAGUUGAGGCAUAGGAUUAGCACUGAAAUGAUAACCUGGAUCCUGUUUGGCACACAAGAGGCAAAUUGUUUUGUUCUCUGAUUUUAGAGGGAGUGACUACCUUGUGUUCUGCCUAUAUAAAUUUCAAUCUGCCGUUGCCAGCAUAUAUAGCUCCACAGAGAGGGCUUUUCCCCAUCACACCCCAAAAAUUCCCUCAGCCUUUCGAAAUGUUAAAGUUAUUUGUCACAAUGACCUUAUUCAGUCUGCUGCACAGUUCAGGGGGAAAGCUUCCAGACUACAAGGAAAUGAAAGAAGAAUUCCCGCAUAUUUUUUAUUCCCCGAAAAGAGCCGUCUGUACCACGUGGGGAAGAGGCCAUUUCAAAACGUUCGAUAAUUUCAUGUAUGACUUUUACAAAACUUGCAACUAUAUUUUUGUCAGUGAAUGCACAGAACACUUCCCAGAUUUCAGCAUUCAGCUUCGAAGGGAGAGCAACGGGGAUAUAAAAAGACUGCUGAUUCAAUUGUACAGCACCAUGGUCACAGUGGAACUGGGCAAAAUCACAGUCAACAGUCAGCUGAAUAUUCAAUUGCCUUACAAUUCAAAUGGAAUAAAUAUUCAGCCGUUUGGGAACCUUGUCAGACUGUUGGCUAAACAGCAGGGGCUUGAUAUCAUUGUUGUCUGGAACAAUGAAGACUACCUGAUGGUUGAGCUGGGAGACAAAUACCUAAAUAAAACUUGUGGUCUGUGCGGGGACUUUAACAAAUCUCCGAAAUACAAGGAGUUCCUCUACGAAGGUCAUGUGAUUAGCCCAAUAUAUUUCGCUUCAUUCUAUAAGUUGGAUGAUCCUUUGGAAAACUGCGUACAAGUGGGCAAUGAGAGUGAAGAGGGGCAACUUCCAAACUAUCUGGCUAUCUGUACGUCUUUGAUGGAUAGUGUGGCACCAAACUGCACGGUACCAGAAUCGAGUUACAUUCAGAGAUGCAUCCAAGACCUGCCCCAGUGCUCCAGGGAGCAAGACGUAAGCUGUGCUUGUGACACAUUCUCAGAGUACGCACGCGAGUGUUCAAGGCUACUGCAACCUGUCCACAAUUGGAGAAAUGAACAGCUGUGCCCUCCACGUCAGUGCCCGACGAACCAGGUCUACUUGGAGAGCGGGUCACCGUGCUUCCCUACAUGCUCCAACCUACGCUCCACCUGCGACAGUCAUGGCACCUAUGGCUGCUUUUGCCCAGAAGGUACUGUUUUUGAUGAUGUUUCUGAGAAGAAUCGGUGCGUACACCUGGAUAAGUGUCCUUGCACCUGGAAUGGGGUCAUCUAUGGUCCUGGAGAAAAGAUCUCAUCACUCUGCAGGAACUGUGUAUGUUCUCUGGGGCAGUGGACCUGUACGACGCUACCUUGUCCAGGACGGUGCUCCAUUGAAGGCGGCUCGUUUGUGACUACGUUCGAUUCAAGACAGUAUCGAUUCCACUCAAUCUGCACUUUUGUUCUUGUGAAAAGUCCAGUCAUACCUGGCAAUGGACACAUCGAGGCACUAUUUGAAUCAUCUGGAGUGAAGCCGACUGAAACUUCCUUAAGUGCCAUCAUUUUUACGAGUAGUAAGAUAAAAAUUACCUUCUUGAAGCUGGGCAUGGUGUACGUGAAUAAUCAGAUCCAAGGUCUGCCCUUCAUAAAAGCUGGGUUUAAGGUUGAGAGAAAAUCCAUCACCUGCGUUCAGAUGACCACCAGAUUUGGCCUGAAGAUGCAAAUCUACUUCAGCCCAGUUUUCCAAGUGUACAUAAUGGUACAAAUGAAAUUUUUUGACAGCACACAUGGAUUGUGUGGAAAUUUUAAUGGCGACUCCAAGGACGACUUCAAGAGCAGCAUGGAAAUCUCGGAAGGGAUCGCUGCGUUAUUUGUGAACACUUGGCGCCUUGGUAGAUGCUACAAAAAUGCAAUCGACAAGCAUCCAGACCCCUGCUCCCUCAGUCAGUUCAAGUUGGAUUACGCACAGCGCCAUUGUUUCAAGUUGAUGAGGAAAAGCAGCAUAUUUGGAAGAUGCCAUGCAUUUGUCGACCCGAUGGACUAUGUUGAGCGCUGCCGGUACGAGACCUGCAACUACGAGAACAUCCAGGGCUACAUGUGCUCGGCCCUGCACUCCUACGUGCUGGCCUGCAAGGCUCGGGGCAUCCGGCUGGUCAACUGGCAGAACGACGUGACGGACUGCAAGACUGAUUAUUCCAAAACCUUCCUUGGCUAUUCCUGCAUGAAGCUGAAGCAGUGUCCAUGUGUGCUGAAUGGGAAAAUUCAUCCGUCUGGAGAGAAAGUGGAUGCUCUGUGCAAAUCCUGCUUGUGCUCAGUCGGCCGCUGGGAUUGCACCAGUGAGCCAUGUACGGGGACCUGCUCGGUCAGCGGAGGAUCGUUCAUCACUUCCUUCGAUCUGAAGAGAUACAGGUUCCAUGGCGUCUGCAAGUAUCUGCUGGUCCAAAGUCCAAAGAUUCCAGAAAAUGGAUAUAUAACAGCAACCUUCCAACAGUGCGGUAAAAAACAAUCAGAAACUUGCUUGACGGCCAUAACCUACACCAAUGACAAGUUAAAUAUCGAAAUUUCAAAGCAGGAUAUGAUUACAGUCAAUAAUGAGAUCACGAAGUUACCCUUCAAAACAGCCACUAUUACAAUUUACAGACAGUCAUCCACCUACAUACAGAUGAGCACUAUGUUUGGCCUGGAGAUACAGAUUCAGGUCUGCCCGGUGUUUCAGAUGCACAUUACUCUUGGAAAUGAUUUUUAUGACACCAGCCGAGGUCUAUGUGGUAAUUUUAAUGGUGAUCCCAAGGACGAUUUCUGGAGCAGCAUGGAAGUGCUGGAACGGACAGCCGCACCAUUUGUGAAUUUGUGGCAGGUUGAUUACCCCUGCAAGCCUGCUGUUGAUUGUGUACCAUGUACACCCGUUUCCACAAACUGGGGUUACCCACCAAACAAGUGCUAUCUGAUCAUGGAUGUAACAAGCAUUUUUGGAAGAUGCCAUCAUUUAGUGGAUCCAGUGCCAUUUGAAGAGAAAUGCCUGUUUGAGAUAUGCAACUAUGUGGAGAAGCAGGACUUCCUCUGUGCGGCCCUGGGACUGUACGCUCGUGCGUGUGCAGCAAAGGGACUGAUCCUGAGUGACUGGAGGAGCACGGUGCAAGGCUGCAAAAUCGCAUGUGCUGAUCGUCAGGUGUUCAGUUACAACGCCCGAGCCUGUGAUCGGACCUGUGUGUCACUGUCCGAUCGAGACUUCGAGUGCACGGCAAUCGAUGUGCCGGUGGAUGGCUGCGUCUGCCCGCCACAAACAUACCUGGAUGUUCACGGUGUUUGUGUGGAAGCAGCAGACUGCCAGUGCAUGCUGGCCGAUGGCAACUUUGUGGCCCCAAAUAAAUCGAUCACCAUCAACCAUAAGAUCUAUUACUGCCAGAAUGGAAAACUGGACUGCACUGGCCAUCCUCUGGUCCACAAAGGAGCAUGUCAGCCUCCCAAGCUUUACUUCAGCUGUGCACAUGGGUCACGGUGCCAGUACGGGACAACCUGCGCCCCAACCUGCCAAAUGAUCGCCACACAAAUCUCCUGUGCACCCUCAACCUGUGUCUCUGGCUGCAUAUGUCCAGAGGGAAUGGUCUUGGAUUACAAUGACAGCUGCAUCUUACCGGAAGAGUGUCCAUGCAAAUUCAGUGACCAGAUCUAUCAAACAGGAGAGAAGAUGAUGAGAGACUGUGAGGAAUGCAUCUGCCUUGUUGGAAAAUGGAAGUGCACCGAAAACGUGCACUGCCCCGCCACUUGCGUCAUUCACGGAGAGGGCCACGUGACCACCUUUGACGGCAAGAAAUUUAUCUUCAACGGCAACUGCGAAUAUACUUUAGUUCAGGACUCGUGCUGCGCAAACGAAACCCAUCCAAACUUUAAGAUUGUUUCAGAAAACGUUAUUUGCGGCCAGUCGGGUGUGACCUGCUCCAGAGCAAUAAAGAUCUACAUUGAGGAUGUUCUGAUAGAAAUGGCAGAUGGAACCUACAAGGUAACGCCGGAAGCAGCAGCUGACAGGUUUCGCAUCCACAUCAACCCACUGUACCUGUCCUUUGAGUGUGUGCUCCCUGGUGGUCACCUUCUGCAACUAUUGUGGAACAAGAACACAAAUACAUUCAUCCGUUUCACCAGGAUGCAGCAGCUUUCGCUGUGCGGACUCUGCGGUAACUUCAACGGGGACAUAGGUGAUGAUUUUAUAACGCGGAGCCAAUAUUUAGCCUCCAAUGCACUUGAGUUUGCAAACACUUGGAAGGAAGAGCCACUAUGUCAAGACGUGACUGAAGUUCUACAUCCAUGUGAUUUGAACCCGUAUCGUCUGUCCUGGGCAGAAAAGCAGUGCCAAAUAAUUCACAGUGACACCUUCAAGACAUGCCACAAUCUGGUUUAUCGAGUUCCCUAUUAUGAAAGCUGUGUACAGACGACAUGCGGAUGUGAUAUUUUCGGAGACUGUGAAUGCCUUUGUGGAGCCAUUGCAGUCUACGCUAAAGCCUGUUUGGAUGCUGGUGUCUGUAUCAACUGGAGAACCCCUGACUUAUGUUCUGCCUACUGCGAAUACUAUAACACCCAUUCACUAAAAAAUACCAGCUCGGAGUUGACGGAGAAUGGUGGCCAUCCAAGCCGUUACCAGGCUUGUAUGUGUCCUCACAGUCUGUGGGACUUCCCGAAAAACAACAUGGAAGGUUGCUACACGUGUCCUGUGAAUGAAUACUACGACAGCAAAGUACAAUCGUGUGUUUUGUGUGAUGCCGAUUAUCGUUGAACAUGUUCGAUCAGGAGUAGUAGCAACCUCCAGGAAUACUCUUGAGACUCUUCCAAAAGCGAACACGAACUGAAUGCAGUCUCUUUAUGAUGUGUUAGCAGUAACUAGUUUUCUUAUCAACAUAAGAAGUAAACAAAAUAGCCAGUGCUGAGUUGUCAGCAAACUGAUUUCCCAACGGAUCAUAUUAUUUCUUGGGUGUUUUCUGUAUUUAGGAUCACGGGGAAUUUAACCAAUAACCUUUUGUUCAAUUUAAAUUAACGUAAGCUUUGCAAACAUACUAAAAAUUACAUUCAAUGCCUUAAACUUCAGAAAGAAUGCAUCUUAAUGACUUUCGGUAAUAUAUAUAUCAAUCUAUGUUUUCUCUUGUAACUGAAUAUUUAAAAUAAACAA